AUCGCUUUGAGGCAGCAGCCGAGAGCUGGGUCCGCACGCGUGGUGGCGGCGACGGCCGCGCCGGAGAAUAUACAUCAUUGAAUGAUGCAGGCCACUGCACUGAUGGAGACAGCUUCUGGCAAAGUCUACCAUACUAGUGGAGGAAGCCUUCAAAAAGGUAUAUCUUCUAAGAAAGAAAAUUUAUUAUUUUAUUCCAACGGUUGUAAUAAAGUCAAAUCUAUUCUUCCUGUUGAUGAGUGGAAUACGCUAAAGCAAGGAGCCAACAAAGAAAUCAACAGUAUUGAAAAAACAGAUUUAUUGGAGUCAUAUUUUUCAGCAAGUCAAGAUACCAAUGUAGGGAGUACUCACUCCCAGUCAAGUGAGUUUGAAGACAGUAUUGACUAUGCUUUUUUGAAUGAGACAUACUCUAUACAUUAUUCAGAGUCAAAGCUAAAUGAAAAUCUUGCUCUUUUAAAUUCAGAAUUAGAUCCUGAAAAGCAAAAAAGAGAAGAGAUAUUUUUUGAUAUUUUGGAGCGUCAAGGUAAGAAGACUGUUGGCUUGGAAAAAAUCUCCAAGAUUUCAGAUGAUGACUAUAAAGAAACCGCUGAAGAUAUGCAAAAGUAUGAUAUAGAUGAAGACUCACAGCAGGAAUAUCACAGUGCAGAAGAACAAGAAUAUAUAAGUAACCAUUUAUCUUUUGAUGGAGCCAAAACAUUAAGUAUAUCUAAUCUGGAAGUUGUUGAAUUAAGAAAUUCAGGUUAUGAAGUUAAAUGUGUUAGCAAUAUAGAAGAUAAUCAUGUUAAGUUGGAAAGUAGUUCUAUUAUUUCUUUGGAUUCACUUAAUGUUUUUGCACAAGAAUAUUCGCCUCAUGUCUCUCAAUUUCAGAAUUCUGUCAUGAUAAAAGAAAAUCAUGAAUCAAAGCAUGAAAAGUGGAAGGAACAAGAGACUAGUUUAAUGUACCACACGGUAUUUGAUCAUCUUUUACAAAGAAACAAUUCUCUUGGAAACCAAGAAUCUCAACCUAAGAGUGGUUUCUUGAAUCCUCAAAAAACACUCAAAACUAAGAUUUAUACUGAGAAAACGAAAUCUCAAAUACCUGAAAGUAAAGAUCUUUGUGGAAAUACAAUUGUUGAAAACAAAGUAUCACAGCAUCUUGAAAAUCCUACCAAGUUACCUCAGAACAAAGCUUUGGAGUCUUUACUCCAAUCCUGUAAAGGUUGCCAGACUCCCUGGGCCUCUGUUUUUGAUGACUCAGUCAUUUCUGCCUGUGGGUAUUCAUGUUAUAAAAGCCUACAAAGCAACCUUGACCCAGCCUUGGGUUUCUCUGUUACACUACCAAGAAUUGCAGUCAAAGAUAAUCAGGCAGUGGAAAAGGAUAGUUCCCUAAAAGUUGUUAGCAACAGUACUACAAAUAAAAUAUGCUCUCCUGAUAGGAAAGGAACAUGUCCUAAAUCAGUGUCAGAUGCAGCAAGUUGUACAGUCACAGUUAAUCAGACAGUGGAUGUUAGCACUGAUUUUAGGGCUUGUUUCACAACCAGCAGGGCAACAAGUGCAAGAUCUCCUGUAGUAUCUACAUCAAGCAACACAGAGAUAACAAUGAUGAAUAAACAACGGCCUGGCGGAUGGCAGAGUGGAAAACAAACAAGUGUGGCUUGUAAUACAGACUGGUCAUGCAGUCAAGAUUGUGCAGACACACAGGUGGUUUUGACAAAAGGAUCAGGAAGAUCUCUCUCAGUUGAUGGUUUAAAGCCAGACGGAAAUUUCCUAAAUAAGGAUUCCAUGGAAGUAAGAAAAACAUUGGAUAUCAUAGACUUAAAGAAACAUCCUGAGAGGGAAUUUCAACUUUCUAAAGAGAUGGAGAAGAAUUUGCCAUCAAAGUGCUGUCAGAAUAUAAUGCAGAGAGCCAUAAAAGCAGAGAUGCACCUUUUAAAUGUUCACUAUCAGAUGUGUCAUCACCAUUGUUGUGAUAUUUACAAAUUUAUAAUGGAAAACAGAGAAGGAUUAAAUAGGAAUUUGCCAAGUAAUUCUGCUAAGAAAGAAUUAGGGUCAGCACUACUAUCUGUUUUGGAAGACUUAAAAGUUAGAUAUAUGAAUUUGAAAGAAAAAAUACACAAGGGCAUACUACUGGAAGAGCUGCCCCCACUGUCAGUAGAAUCAAAAUUAUUGUCUGCCUUCUCUACUUUUGCUUCCAGGUUGGUAAAAGAAGAAUCACAUGACUUUUCAGGAGCAGAUUCGGAACUAGAUAAUCAAAGUGCACCUGAUGUUGAUGUUUCUCCAGCCCUAAAAAAGACACUCUCUCAAAUGUCUUUAUUAUCUGAAAGUAGUCAUCCUGCACAAGAUCCAACACCUGAGAAAGACAGUUUUAAAAAUGGUGAUAUAAAUGUAGACUUUAGUCAACUGAAACUUGAUGAUAAAGAGUACAGAAAUUACCGUGAAAUCAGUGAAGACUGGUUUGAUGCUAAAGAGAAUCUGACAGGAGCUGACUUCUCAGGAAUACAAGAAAACCAAAUUGAACACGACAAAUGGAAUCCAAAGUUUACACAAGAAAUGAAGAAUGUUGAACCCUUACGAAGAGAUAAAUGUUUUCUGAUACAUGUUGGUGGUCUCUGCCCUUCGGUGUCUGAGGCUGAUUUAAGGUCUCAUUUCCAGAAGUACCGAGUUUUUGAAAUUUCAAUUUAUGAUUCUUCUACUAAUUACAGAUAUGCGUCUCUUGCUUUUAAAAAAAACAGUGAUGCAAAGAUGGCUGUGAAAGAAAUGAAUGGAAUGGAAAUAAAUGGAAAAUCAGUAAAUGUGAGGCUUGUUAAAACUCCUGGAGAAUAUACAUCACCACUUGCCUCCAAAAAUGGGAAUAAAGUUGGUUUGAAUAAUUUGGAGAAAAACACCAACAAAGAAAUGAAUGCCUCCUGCAUUUCUAAAUUGCCCAGAACUAGGCCACGGCAGCUGGGAUCUGAGCAAGACAGUGAGUUUUCCCCUUCGGACCAGAAGGGUGUUAAGAAGAAUUGUAAACAGAUUGAAUCUGCUCAUUUAUUACCUGAGACACCUAUUCAAUUUAUACCUCCAAAUACAUUGAACCUUCGUAGUUUUACCAAGAUCAUGAAGAGACUGGCUGAACUGCAUCCAGAUGUCAGCAGAGACCAUAUUAUAGAUGCUCUUCAGGAAGUAAGAGUAAAUCGUAAUGGUUUCCUGAAUGGCUUAUCUAUUAGUACUAUUGUGGAAAUGACUUCAUCUGUUCUGAAAAACUCUGCUUCCAGUUAGGAAUAAACAAAGCAAUAAAGAGGAUUUCCAUGGAAAUCAGAGUGCCCUUCUUCAGAGAAUGUUCUGCAGCACUUAGAAAAAAGUUAUGGUAAUAGCAAGAUACAAUUAAAUAACCUCAGUAACUAGCCUUAGCUGUUAAAAUAUUUUACUUCAUAUCCCUCCAUAAUUUUAUCUUUUUAAACUUUAUUUCAAACUUGUUACUUAGAGACUUAAAACUGCAUAUUUUGGAUCAGAAAAAAGGUCAUGUCCAUUUUUAAAAAACCUUUGAUAAGUCAAUUUAAAAAAAAAAACUGACCUAGAAAAGGUUUAUUGAUAUCGUUUCAUAGUUCAUUAACUGAUAUCCAUACAUAAAACUGUAAUUUACCUUAAGUUCAUAUAUUAGCUGCAGUUUUUAAAUGUCUAAAAGACCCUUAAAUUGGACCAUAAGAUAAUAGAUAGUUUGAAUUUAUAGAAAUAGAAAAUAUUGUCACAUUUAUUUUUAAGCUCAAAGACAAGUAAGUCACUGCUGUGAUAUACUUAAUGCAUAUUUCCAACUUCAGUAUGAAACAUUCAAUUGUAGUUUUCCUGUUUUCACAGAGAAGGGUGACCCAUGUGUGCUUUGGUCUAGUACUGAAAUUUAAAUGGUUAUCAUAUUGCUUGCACCUGUUCUGUGAUAAGUUCUUUUGUAUUAGUGUAUAAAGUGGAACACUUUUCAAAGGCUAAUUUGGUUCCCUAUCUGAUAGGAAUAUAGGAUAUAAACUUCUUUAAUUGCUUGCUUUUUUAAAGUACCAAAUAUGUACUUCUUAAAGUUACAUGUUUAAUAAUAAUAAGUGUUUAAAUGUUUAGAGCAUCCAGUGUAUAGUUGGUGUUACUUGAUUACAAAUUUCCCACUUAACAUUUAUAUUUGAUGUACUUAAAUUUAAUAAAGGCAGCUAAUCUAUAA